CGGUUCUACGCGCGAGUGUACCACGUGCCCACGGGGAUAUUAAAGACUACGCGAAGACAGUUCACAGAGUCCGACAGGAUCCGGGAGCAGUGGUACGUUUGUGUUAAAUCGCGUUAGUGUUUGAGAAGUGUCAUGGGGAUCUAGGAACACCGGUGAGGAAUCGAGACGCAUGAGAGUCGAUAGCGGGCCAGCAUUGUCAGGUGAGGGCCCAGCAGCUUCCGGCGACGCGAUCGUAAGAUGUCGAUGGCCGACGGUAUGGACAAUCCGGCGUUCGCCAGCGAAGAGGACUGCGCCACCGAGGCGAAGGCGGAUGGCGGCCAGCAACAAGUGACCUUGGACCAGGAUCGCAAGCCAACGUCGGAGAGCAGCACACCAAUGGAAAAUGGCCACCAACGAUCGUUCGUGUCCCAGCAUUACGUGGAACCCGGAAGAACGAGUCCGGAUCCCUCGUACAAAACGGAAACGAAGAUCGACGUGCCGGAGAGCAACGAUAAGACUGUCGUCGAGCCGAAAAUGAACGGAAUCAAUGGAAACGGGAACAACAAUGAUGCGAGUUUCCUUAACAACAGUGUGACCAGCGUGCAGUUGAACGAUACCGGAAAGAAGGAGCAAAUCGAGGCUGUGAACUUGGAACUAGUCUCGAUGAGGCCCUACGCGGGCAACAAUCAAACGAAGGGCCAAGAAGCCUGCGAAGUACCAGCCGAUCCUUACGAAGAGUACUUCGUGCCGGUGAACGAGCAUCGGAAGUACAUCAGCAGGGGUCCCGAGGCCGAGGUUGAAACAACCGUGGCUGGAGUGCGUUUUGAUUUGGGUCCCGGGGUCGGCCGUGAGGGACUCAGCCUGAGAGACCCUGCCGCCGGACUGGUCGACUAUUCACACUGGCUGACAGCCCUCAGGGGUGAGAAACUGUACGUAACCAAGGACAAACGAUCCAGGAGUUCGUACUGGAGAAGGUUGGCAUGCUGGGGAUGCGGUUUAUUGGUUCUCCUGGUAGCUGUCAUCAUUGCCAUCUUAGCAGCGACUGGCGUGAUCUUAACGCAAGAAGCCUCAGAACCUCUGGAGAACCUGCAGCAAACUAAUUCACGACAGUUCGGAGACGUUCGAACCGCAGGAAGUCAAGAGUACGUGAAAGAUCCGCCGUCGAGUCCACCGCCCGCCACAUCGAGUAUGCCGCCUUGGCCGACGACGGACGAGACCUGGUACAAAACUGUGCCAAGUGCUUUGGACGGGCUAAUGAAGUUAGAGGAGUUCCGUUGGAACGACGAUUUACACGACCAUAAGUCGCGAAUGUACAGACAGGUCUCUUCGGAAAUAGAAGAUCAACUGAAGAACAUGUUGCAACCACCAGACAACGAUACGAUAGUCAAAGUAUACAGCAUAAGCAAACAUGGACACGUGAAAUUUCGAAUAAGUUAUCCGCCGCAAUCCAUGGCCGACGAAACGCAACGAAGUAUCGAGGAUUCGUUGCAAAAAAACGGCAACAUGAUCGGACAGUAUCACUUGAGCAGACUCGCGGUCAGCAGCCUUCUCGACGAGUGUCAGAUCGAAAAUUAUGGAUGCUCGGAUAAUUGCCAGUACGAUUAUUCGAUCGGGAUGUUCACGUGUUCUUGUAACUCCGGGAAAACGUUGGACAACGAUGGAAAGCAUUGCAUAGACAAGAACGAUUUAAGCAACGUCGAAAUGGACGACGAAGUGCCGGAAACUAGUACAGAAGUAGUGCAUUAUUACGUACAAGGAAGGAGCAGAGGACCAGGAACUGCUUUUGAGCCGAGACAUCCUGGUGAUUGGGAUCAUUCGGAACAUAGCACGGAAUCUGGACACUUUAGACACGCUGCAACCGAGCCAGAUCAUGACCAUGAGUUUGGUAUGCAUUCUCAUUCACACGAUUCGGCAGAAAUGAAGCCAACGACGGAGGAGAAUCAUGUGGUCAAGGACGAAUCUGAUUCUAUGCAUUGGAUGCAUGAUCACUCGAGUCAUUCUGGUGCUGAAUCUGAUAAGCCAGAACCAGAAACUACUUCUGAACCUGAAGCUUCGGCUGAGCCGGAACCUUCGGCUGAGCCGGAACCUUCGGCUGAACUAGAACCUGCAGCAGAACCAGAACCUUCACCCGAACCAGAACCUUCACCUGAACCAGAACCAGAACCUCCACCUGAACCAGAAUCAGAACCUUCAUCUGAACCAGAACCAGAACCUUCAGCAGAACCAGAACCUUCAGCAGAACCAGAACCUUCAGCAGAACCAGAACCUUCAGCAGAACCAGAACCUUCAGCAGAACCAGAACCUUCAGCAGNGCCAUCAGCCGAACCAGAACCUUCUCUUGAAUCCGAGCCAGUCACUGAACCAAAACCUUCAAGCGACGAAUCUUUUACUGAGUCUAGAUUGACUACCGUACCAUCCAUAGAACCAGAGUCUUCAACAGAUAUGAAAUCUCAGGAAGAUGUAGACGACAGUCACAAUGUUGAAGAUUAUACUAUGGAACCAAAAUCUUCUAGCGAACAAGUGUCGUCCAAUAAAACACAAUCGUCCACCGAGUCUAUGAUCAGCAACGCUGGUUCGAUCACUGAAUUACCUGCUACCAAAUCUCCCAUGGCAGCUACAACCGUAAUGCCAGAAGAUGAAAGUGCAAGCAAGUCCGGUGAUUCUACUAAUAUGGAACUGGAAUCUACUACACUUCCUACAGUCGAAGAAACCACAAGCAACGAAAAGACUACUAUACACAUGCUAAACGAUGAUACACCCUUGCCAGUGAUACCUUUGAUGUCCGAUGGCGAGGAGGACAAGACAUCAAGCCGUUCAUUCCCUGAUUCAACAAUGAAAGAAAUGGAUAACGAAGACAAAAUGAUGACAGCAAGUCCCAUGGAUGAUGAUCGUCAAACACCAAAACUUGAAGACACUACUGAGAGUAAUACACCUCACGAAGAAGUGACUGAGAAUACUAUGAUGAAAACAGAUAAUGAAGAAUCUGCGAAUACAGAUAUUUCAAUGGAUCCUAAAUCGUCGUCCACUACUAGCUCCACCAUUUCUGAGGUAGAGUCUACUACGAAUUUGAGUAUGGAGUCUGAGACAACAUCUCUUCCUGUAGACACCACCGCUGAAAAUACAACCGAGUUAAGUUCUAUGGUAGACAGCAGUACUACCAAGAUUUCAGAACAGCCUACAGUACAGAACACUUCGACGAUGCUUGAAUCCAUCGAAUCUUCCUCCAUGCAAUCCGAAGCAAGUCCACACGACACGAAUGAAACCAACGUAAUCGAACACAUGCCGACAACUGUGUUUCCCAAAUUACCAAAGAAUUUCGGUCAAAACGUUGAACCACUCCUAGAACCACUGAAGAACGAUACAGGGGAACAUAUUAUGAUCAUACCACAAGAGGAACCGACGGAGGUACAAGAUCCUCACGGGAUUAUUCCUCAAUUGAUCCCCGAACAGAGCAUCAAAACUACAAAUGGUUCAUCGAUCGAAGCCACCACGGAGGAGAACAAGAUUCAAUCGACAACUGAGACAAUUCAGGCAGCUCUAAAUCACUCUAAAAGUCAUCCGGAUGAGAAUGUUGUGUCCAUAGGUGAAGACAAUUUGGAUCAUUCCACCAAUCAUCCGCUACAUCCUGCCGUGUUCCCUGAAAAUGCAGUCGAUCAUGUCACCGAGAAGUCUGAUAUAACCUAUGAUAAACACGUUGACGACAUGUCACCAUUCUUGCCAGACGUUCAGAAGGAGAAAGAAGUGAAGAAAGCUCCCAGAUUGGACAAGGAUGAGCAAGACGUGCCCAAUCCUUUCGACGGACACGUCGAAGACGUAGUUACAGACAAGCCUAUGAUGGAACAGAGCACGACUGAACGCAACGUAAAUGAAACUGACUUCAAGAAUUCGAUAAACGACGUACAUUCAGAAAUACAGGGCACCAAAUCGAUCAGCGAAGAAGAUGAUACUAAUAAAGUGAAUCAUACCGAAACUAAAGGUCCCGAAGAUGCAGUAAAGGAAGACAUCCCUAAAGCUAAUAAUACCGAGUUCGACGCUCAGAACAGAUUAAAUACUUACGAUGCUACUAACAAAGCAGUCAACGAUGAAGUUGCUAAGGACACCGCAGAUCUUCCCGAAGAAGAUGAAGAAUCUCUGAAGGUGGUACCCCUAGAGGAACAAUUCAAGGAAACAGAAACGACAAUCAAAUACGACACAGACAAGGAGAAGUCUGAAGCUUCCACGGAACCUGCAAUGACUACGAUGAAAGUAAAGGAUGAGAAACAAAAACAGGUGGAAGAAUCAUCAGUGAACAACGUAACGACUACUUCUGAGAAGCCAGAAGAGAAUUCUGUGGAGGAUCAGGACAAUGACAUCAAUGACGACGCUCUGUCUAAGGGAUAUCGUCACGAUGAUACGGAAAUCACCAAGAUCAAAGAGUCCGGAAGAUUACUCACGAAUAAUGUAGAUUCAAUUCCAAACAACGAGGGGAAAUCGUUGAAACAAAUCGAUGCUCCUAAUCCGAACGACGACGCGAAUGUGCCUACGAAUAAUACCGAAGUUACGGUGACUACCAUGGGAAGUAUCCCGGACAAACACGUAGAAGAUGCGAAAUUAACAACACAGAUACCUGUGCUGCCGUUGGAGAUACAACAGGAGAUGUCUACGACCGAGAAGAUCGACAGCACGACCGUAACCGAGGAGACAAUGCGGAAGGACAACGACACAGAAAUGAACGUCGGACAUAUGAGUUCCGAAAAGGAAGACGCUACGACGAUCCAGAUGCCAACCACUCAUACGAGCUCGAUGGAAACGAAAACAACUGCUCAGGUACCAAUUCUACCGGAGGAAUUGCAGACCACUGAAAGUGAUCCAGUACUGACUACGUCCACUAUGAAACCGGAUGCUGAGAAGAAGGUCAACGAUUCGGAGAACACCAAUGAUGACGAACAAUCGAAAGCGAUCAACAGGGAAAUAGGUAAUACGUACAAAACAGAGGAUACGAUAAACAGUUCAAUAGAACACGAUAAUAAAACCGAUGAUCUGAUCACCAGCGCCGUGGAACACUUAGAUAGCAGAAAGAUUAAUGGCACCUGGCCACAGAUAAAUGUCCCGAUUGUUAAUAAAAAUGAUACGAAUGAGGAAAAUGUAACUGUUCCAAUGGUAACGAGCACUGAAGUCGGUAUGAAGAUCAAUGAAUCGAUGAUGAACAGAACUGCGACAGAAAAUCCAAUGAUCAAAGAGGAACACACGACUGAAAGUAAUGCCUUCAAAAUGGCGGACAGUUCUAGUACCACGGAGGACGUGAGACCGGUCACAGAAAUCCUCGAGGAUGACAUACCAAUGGGUUUCGAUUACAGAACAUUGUUCGUCACCACGACACCGAAAACUAUAUUACCCGACCUGGAUGUGGGAGAGUUGUCUGAGGAAGAUCUGAGGGUGAUUCCGUUGGAGAAGACUGCAGAAGUGAAGAAGAAGUCUGUAGACAAGAAGGUGGUUGAUAAGUAUAAAUACAAAAAAGAAAAGGAACUUGAUCUGGAAAUGAACGAUGAAGAAAACGUGUUGACCGAAGUUCCGGAUCCCACGAUUCUAGUUCUAACCGAGAUGCCUCCAGUAGUUACCGAAAAGAUUCCAGCUGAAACGAACGCAGACGUCUCGCAGGAAGAUGUCGCGAUACCUAAACUGAAGAUCACGGAAACCACCAGCGGAUCCAAUCAAACGGAAACAAAAGAUUCUGGAGAGCAUCCUGGAAAUAGAACCAAUGCAACGGGAUCUAGUAACACGAAGAAAUACCCGAGUUUCAUUCCCGUUUCGGAGGAGAUCGCGGAAUCAGAGCCAGUCACCGAGCCCUACAUUUACUUUCGACGGCCGAGCCUAUCGAACUAUACGACAGAAGCUCCAUCGGUAACCGGUGAAUCAUCGGUCGAAGGACAGGCCGCAAUUGACCCGGCAAAAAUUGCCCAGUUGGACGACACAAAAGCGAAUCAAACCGACUACUUGACGGCUGCAAUGGUUUCCAACCAAUCAUCUAUUACCUCACUUACGCAGGAAGCAGACGCUAAACCGCUUGCGAAAGAACAAAGCGCGGACACGAUGAUGGUACUCCCGCCGACCACGCGAUUCAAAUUACCGGAUACACCGGCCGAGACCACCAGUCACAUCGACGUUUCGUUUUUGAACCUACCACCGAACAUCGUCUUCUCGAAAUGCACCGCGGGCCAGUUCCAGUGCGCGAACGGCACCGCCAGGGACGGCGCUUAUUGCGUGAAAUUAUCAGCGAAAUGCGACUCCGAGAACGAUUGCUCGGACGGCUCCGACGAGUUCAAUUGCGUGGAGCAAGGCUGCCCUGGAAACUUCCAGUGCGCGAGCGGUCAAUGCCUGAAGCGUGAUCUCGUGUGCAACAAGAUCCUCGACUGCGACGACGGCAGCGACGAGAAAAACUGCGAGAAAUGGGAAUGCCAGUCCGAUGAAUUCCAGUGUCCCAGCGGACGGUGCAUCCCAGGUAUCUGGCGAUGCGAUGGUCGACCCGACUGCGAGGACCAUCUGGACGAGUACACCUGCGACGAAAGUUGCGGCAACGACGAGUAUCUUUGCCCAACGGAGAAAUGGUGCAUACCGUUAACGUGGCGUUGCAACGGUGUCAACGAAUGCGCUGACGGAGAAGACGAGAAGCUUUGCGACUGUGGAAUUGAUCAGUUCAAGUGCCAAACGGGCGGAUGCGUGCCGGUGAAUCAAGUCUGCGACGGGAUCGAGCAUUGUCCCGAUCAUUCCGACGAGUGGGGAUGUUUGUGGGCCAAUGUGACUAUGGAGAAGAAUCUCACAGAUCUACAGAAGGACAGUGAGAUCGAGAACAAUGGAGGACAAGAGCUGAACGAAAGAACGUCUCUGUUGAAAAUAAGACAAUUCGACGGCAGCUAUCGUCUAGUUUGCUCCGACGGAUGGAGCGAGGAGUUCAGCAACUCUUACUGCCAAGCUUUAGGAUUUUCGGGUUCCGAGGCGAUGGAAUUACUUGAUUGGGACAGGAACCAGAAGAUCCUGAAACUGAGGUCGAGCUCCAAUCCCAAUAUGCCGCUAGUCACGAAUUUAGAGCCAGUCGAGUCCUGCGUCUCCGAGAAAGUUGUCCAGCUCUCCUGCCAAGAAUUUUCUUGCGGCUCCCAUUACGGUGAAGGGCCGACUGCCAGAUUAGUCGGCGGAACUCAAGCCAGCGAAGGACAAUGGUCCAGUGUGGUUUUGUUAAAGGAACCGAAGCACGGUGCUGCUUGUACGGCAAGCGUGCUGGGACCGAUGCACGUGCUCGCGAGUUACUCCUGUAUUCACAAACACAAACAGAGUAACGGCUGGCAACUUUUCAUCGGUGAGAACCAACUGAAAGCUCAUCCGGUCAAGAACAUCAUUCCGUAUCCUCAAGUGAAGUACAAUCAAUUCUUGUACAACAACGAUAUCGCCUUAGUGGAACUCGAGAGACCAUUGACAUUCUCGAGGAAUGUCAGCGCCGUUUGUCUUCCAAAACAUCCGAUUCAGCCAAGACAGUUAUGUGUGAUGGUGGGAUGGGGAUUCCCCGUAAACGGCGAGAUGGAUUUGCAGAAGUAUCUGAAAUUCCUGCCGCUGCCAACUCGCGAUUCCGAGGAGUGUAACGCGACGAGUCAUUACGCAGGAUUUAUUACGAAAGAUAAUAUUUGCGCUGGAUUCACCGACACGGACAAAGGACCUUGCUACAACGACGAGGGAGCACCCUUAAUGUGUGUCAGUGAGUCUGGUGGCACUUCAGCCAGAUGGGAAAUUCAAGGUCUACUUAGUCACCACAGCAGAUGCUCAAGAGGUCAUCCAGCAAUUUACUCGAGCGUGGAACCCGCGCUCUCUUGGCUGCGGCAGUCUGUACCCGCUUUACAAACGCAAAGUUAAAAGAAAACGUGUUCUUGUUUUUUUUUUUUGU